AUGGCCGGCGGCGACGGCGAUCGGCACCGAGCGCCGAAGCGGCACAAGUCCUCGGCGCCGUCGAAAGCGGCCCUGGUGGACGAGAGCGCCGAGUUCGACUACGCUGAUGACUUCGACGACGACGCCCACGACGCGGAUAUGGAGGUGAAGAAGAGGGAUUUCACGAAGCUCGAGUUGAAGGUGGAUCACGCGAGCCGUCCGCUCUGGGCUUGCGCCGACGGCCGCAUCUUCCUCGAGACCUUCUCGCCGCUCUACAAACAGGCUUACGAUUUCCUCAUCGCCAUCGCGGAGCCUGUGUGCAGGCCAGAAUCUAUGCAUGAGUACAAUCUAACUCCCCACUCAUUGUAUGCUGCGGUCUCAGUGGGACUUGAGACAAGCACUAUCAUUAGUGUCUUGAGUAAACUAUCUAAAACCAAGUUGCCCCGCGAAAUAAUUGAUUUCAUCCACGCAUCCACUGCUAACUACGGGAAAGUGAAGCUUGUCUUGAAGAAGAAUCGAUAUUUUGUCGAGUCUCCAUUUCCUGAGGUAUUGAGUAACCUUCUGAGGGAUGAAGUUAUAUCGAGAGCUAGGAUAUCUCCUGAGGAUUCCCUUGGUGCACCUUCAUUUACUGUUAGCAAGACAUCUGGCCAAAUUGCUAGUGGACAUGAAGACCUGUUAAAUGGAAUGGAAAUUGCUGCUGCAACUGAAGACAAGGAAACACAUUCUUUUGAGAUUGAUCCCUCUCAGGUUGAGAAUGUCAAGCAGCGGUGCUUGCCAAAUGCAUUGAACUACCCCAUGCUGGAGGAGUAUGAUUUCAGAAAUGACACUGUAAACCCAGAUUUGGAGAUGGAGCUAAAGCCGCAAGCACGGCCUAGGCCAUAUCAAGAAAAGAGCCUCAGUAAGAUGUUUGGGAACGGACGGGCAAGGUCUGGAAUUAUUGUGCUACCUUGUGGUGCUGGCAAGUCCUUGGUUGGUGUAUCUGCAGCCUGCCGUAUUAAGAAGAGCUGUUUAUGUUUGGCCACAAAUGCUGUCUCCGUAGAUCAAUGGGCAUUUCAGUUCAAGCUUUGGUCAACCAUAAAAGAUGAGAACAUUAGUCGUUUUACAUCUGAUAACAAGGAGAAAUUUACAGGCAUGGCUGGUGUGGUUGUUACUACAUAUAACAUGGUUGCAUUCGGUGGUAAAAGGUCUGAAGAUUCGGAGAAGAUCAUUGAAGAAAUCCGAAACAGAGAGUGGGGCUUGCUUCUAAUGGAUGAGGUUCAUGUUGUCCCUGCACAUAUGUUCAGAAAAGUCAUCAGCAUUACUAAAUCUCACUGCAAGCUUGGUCUUACUGCUACCCUUGUGAGAGAGGACGAACGUAUUACUGAUCUGAAUUUUCUAAUUGGACCAAAACUGUAUGAAGCGAAUUGGUUGGAUUUAGUGAAAGGUGGAUUUAUUGCAAAUGUGCAGUGUGCAGAAGUAUGGUGUCCUAUGACCAAAGAGUUCUUUGCUGAGUAUUUGAAAAAGGAAAAUUCAAAGAAGAAGCAGGUACUGUAUGUCAUGAAUCCGAACAAGUUCAGGGCUUGUGAAUUCCUGAUUCGAUUCCAUGAGCAACAACGCGGAGACAAGAUCAUUGUGUUUGCUGAUAAUCUAUUUGCACUAACUGCUUAUGCAAUGAAACUACGCAAGCCAAUGAUUUUUGGUGCCACAAGCCAUGCUGAGAGGACAAGAAUUCUCUACCAAUUCAAGAACAGUCCAGAAGUCAAUACAAUUUUCCUUUCAAAGGUUGGUGAUAACUCGAUUGAUAUCCCAGAAGCUAAUGUUAUCAUACAAAUAUCAUCUCACGCUGGUUCGAGACGUCAAGAAGCUCAGCGUCUGGGACGUAUUCUCAGGGCAAAGGGUAAGCAGCAAGAUCGGAUGGCUGGAGGAAAAGAAGAAUACAAUGCUUUUUUCUAUUCCCUUGUAUCAACUGACACACAGGAAAUGUACUACUCAACAAAAAGGCAGCAGUUUCUUAUUGACCAGGGAUAUAGCUUCAAGGUUAUCACUAGUUUGCCGCCGCCUGAAGAAGAACCUAAUCUGAGCUUUUACACACUUGAUGAACAGCUUGAGCUUUUGAGCAAGGUGCUGAAUGCAGGGGAUGACAUGAUUGGUGUUGAGCGCUUAGAAGAAGAUUCUGAUGGCAAGGCUCUUCUAAGAGCACGACGCUCUGCCGGAUCAAUGAGCGCCUUCUCUGGAGCUGGUGGAAUGGUCUACAUGGAGUACAGCACUGGGAAGGGAAAGGGUGCUCCGAAGAAACACAAGGACCCAUCAAAGAGGCAUCAUCUGUUCAAGAAACGCUAUGCGUAG